GCAGGGUGAAAUACACGUUCAAACUACAAUAUCAGCUGUUGUGGUGCUCAGUUGUCUCACAGUCGGUCGUCGCGGUCCGUCACUUGACAAUGCGCGGUUUGGACCGUAAUUCGUAACCUCAGUGAAUAAAUGGACAUGUGAAAAAACUCUUGAUUGCUCUAUAUGAUUUUAUUUGAACCAGCGGUGCGUGGACCAUGGAUUUUUCAUUUGCAAUUUUAUUCUCAUUCGCCUCUAUAUUGGCGCUUCGACCAAUUUGUGCGGAAGACUUUGGAUAUGACGGCGUCAUUGGGCCCACAUACUGGGGCGAGAAGUUCCAGGAAUGUAGAGGGAAACAUCAAAGCCCCAUUAACAUAAACGUGCUCAGAGUGAAGCAAGUGGCACUCCCUGACAUUGCAUUCAUCGGCUUUGACGACCCAAUCGAUAAUGUACACGUCACUAAUAAUGGACAUACAGUGUUAAUAGAAGUACAAAACGAACCUCAUCCUCGGGUGAGCGGCGGGCCACUCGAAGGAAAUUACGUGUUCAGUCAAAUGCAUUUUCAUUGGGGCGACAAUGAUACUCUAGGCUCGGAAGAUAAGAUCAACCAUAGAAGUUUUCCAAUGGAGCUACACAUGGUGUUUUAUAAAGAAGAGUAUAAAUCAGUUAAAGAAGCUGUAACGCACACAGAUGGACUGACUGUGCUCGCCUUUUUCUAUGAGUUGGAUCGGCACCAGCACCCAGCCUACGACGAUAUAACAUCUGCCCUGGGCAAUGUGACUGAACCACAUUCGACCGUGGUCAUGAAAAACCCAUUCUCAUUUCUUAACAUUUUGCCCUACGACUUAAGAAGAUAUUUUACAUACAGGGGAUCAUUGACUACGCCGCCGUGCUCUGAAGUUGUGAUAUGGUUAGACUUCGAGCAGCCUGUCAGAUUAACUCAUGAUCAGAUAGAAGUAUUUAGAGAAUUGCGUUCAUCCAACGGGAAGAUAAAGCACAACUUCAGGCCGAUUCAGCCUAUCGGUGACAGAGUCGUGUUCUAUAAUAUUGACAGUAACUAUUACACAUACAAUGAAAUUGAUGAGCAUGACGAGGACUCCACAGAAUGGCCUACUGGAAGGAAGAGAAGGCGAAAUGACGGCAAUUUAAUUAAGUUUAAUGUAUUCCUAAGUUUAGUGACGUUAAUCAUAAAAUAUUAUAUGAAUUAGUUAGGUUAAUAUAGCUUUAAACCUAAGCUUUAAGUAAUUGGACACAAUUGAUUUAGUAAAAAAAAUAUCCUCUACAUUCAUUGUAUGUUUGUUCUAUGCAGGUUUUAAACACGUAAUGUGUUUAAUUUUUAGUUUUAUAGCAUUGAAAUGCUUUAUAAAUGAGAAAUUUUGAAAGAAUAGAAAAAUUUUUGAUC